AUGCGGACCAAAAGCGCUGCAAUCAAGAAGCACUUACCGAAUGUCGGAGGUCUUGGAGCUGUCAUCGCUCGAGCUGUCAAGCCACUGUCGCACCUCGAUCUGACCGGUUCCAUCCUCGACGCUGUACGCAACGUUGGUAGCGUUCCUCGAGACGUUUCUAACUACUGCAACAAAGGUCAAUUGACCGAGCUCGGCGCCAUCGAGAGUGAAAUCGGCAUCGGGAUGCGGCUGUUCAGCAUUGAGGAUCUGCCUGAUGGUGACGGGGCGCAAGGUGUUGUUGCCCGCUCUCUGUUGACUCGCAACCAUAGUUGUCGAAAAGCGUUACGUGAUUGCGAGAGACCGUUGCAGAUCGGUCGGUUUGAGGCUUCCACGAGGUACCGAACACUCUUUCUCCGCGAGCUGUGCGCAAGGCUCGAUGCUGCGGUUCAGGAGGAGUGCAAAGUGCUCCGAGCACAGGGCGUAGACGAGAUCGAGUAUCCAGAGGUUGAUGCGGCGCUGCUCGAAAGGUACAUCGAAGUGAUGGCUUCCGGCUCUUCUGGCGCAUCAGUGAUGGCGGCGGGAUCUACUCCAGACGCCGAGUUCACUACGCACUCGUGGCCUGCAUCGGCGACGUCUACAUCGACGACAGGCGGGGACGACGAGGACGUUGAUCUGCUCAAGUGCUACCUGAGUGUCACGAUCCGGCAAGAAGGGACUGCCAUCUCAAAGGGCACCACAGGACUGCGUGCAUGGGAAGCUGGGCUGCGUUUGGCGGCGCAUCUGAUCAGCGAUCCUUCCGUGAUUAUAUCGCCUGGUACACGUAUUCUGGAGCUCGGAUCAGGAACAGGAAUAGUUGGAGCAAUUUGCGCGACUCAGCAGAUGUCAUCCUCGCAACGAGAUGUGCACACGUUCAUGACCGAUAUGCCUGGACAGGUGUCGGCGCGCCUCCGUGAUACUCUGCACCUGAACGGCCUCGACGCAGCCAGUGGCAUCGUCGAGGUCAAAGAGCUCGACUGGCUAGAGCUCGUCGCUGAACGUCAGCAAAGUCAACAGCGAGACGAUCUGCCCACCGUCAGGUUCGUCGCAGAAGCCAGACCGACGCUGAUCCUCGCCGCUGAUGUGGUGUACGAUCCCGGUCUCAUCGAGCCGUUGGUAGAGACGAUUCGAGCUUGUCUGCAGGCAGGCACGGGGGCGUGCAAGGCUCUGGUGGCUAGCACAAUCCGUAACUCGAAGACGUACGACUCAUUCAAAGCGUCGCUCGAGUCGUUCGGGCUCAAGGCAAAGAGCCUCCUUUUUCGCGUGACAUUUUUCGAAGCGGAGAUUUGUACGGACAAUAGCGUGUCUGCUCAGCGGCUGCGCUUGCCUUUCGUUCAGACUGAACGGCAUCGGAAUGGCGAGAGCGGGCGAGGGUCGCUCGGAAAAUUUCGAACUGACUUCGGCAUGGACGGUUUCGGACCUUCUCGCCCACUUCCUCAGGGGCGACCGCAUGGUUCGGAGCGGUGGUGGAGUCUUGCGAGCAAAGCCGACAACGGCAAUGCCGCGGCGUUGAUUCUCAAGAGAGAGCCAGGUCUCGGCAUACCCGACUUGGCGGGACAGUUUUCGGUCGUCUCAAACGUGGCAGGCUCAAACAACAGACUGCGAUGUUGCGAAGCUGACAAAAGACUGUCGAGUGGCACCGCCGCGUCCCUUGCGCUGCUCCGGAGAGCAAUCGCCGCCAGAUAUGCGGACGCCUCGCAAUGA